AUAGUUGAAUAAUCUUGGGGGUCUUUUGGAUUUUAUGGAAAUGAUUGUUAAUCUUUAAAUUAAGUGAUCAUACGCUGGUCUAGAAUAAUUAUAAAGUACCCUACGACGAGAGAGCUUAAACUUUCCCGAGAAACAAACACGUAGAAUUCUUCACUAUUUUUUGAUAUUUAGAAAGAUGUUCAAGAACACGUUUCAAUCUGGAUUCUUAUCCAUCUUAUACAGUCUCGGGAGCAAGCCUUUGCAGAUUUGGGACAAAGAAGUUGUAGAUGGUCACGUGAAGCGACCUCAUGAUGAGGACAUCCAAUCCAAUGUUCUUGAAAUAAUUGGGUCAAAUAUACAAUCUACAUACAUUACAUGUCCGGCAGACCCUGCUGCAACACUUGGUAUAAAACUCCCAUUCUUGGUUAUGAUUGUCAAGAACCUGAAACAGUAUUUCACAUUUGAGAUUCAGGUGUUGGACGAUAAGAAUGUUCGGCGGCGUUUUCGAGCUUCUAACUUUCAAAGUGUCACACGGGUGAAGCCAUAUAUUUGCACAAUGCCACUAAGGUUGGAUGAGGGCUGGAAUCAGAUCCAGAUGAAUCUGGCUGAUUUCACUAGGAGAGCUUAUGGAACUAACUACGUGGAGACUCUGCGAGUUCAGGUUCAUGCAAAUUGUCGCCUGAGGCGGAUAUAUUUCUCCGAUCGUCUGUACUCUGAAGAAGAACUACCACCAGAAUUUAAACUCUACCUUCCAAUGCAGAAAACAUAACAUUCACAGGAAGGAGCUUCAAACUUCUUACAAGUGAAGUAACUGGAUGCAGAUUCUGUAUGCACUACGAUUACGUUAGUUGUCUUCCGGUUUUAUCUGGGUUCUGGUUUGUAAGUCUGUGAUACAUUAUUGGUAACAUUUCAAGCUUAAUAAAAUGGGAAAAAAGGUAAAAAAUGUAGAACUGAUUUAUUGGGUUUACUAGUCACUAGCAAGGAUAUACUUCUAGUCAAGGUUUUCCGCAUUAUUAUGGCAUUGAGACAUUUCUGCUCUUUGUGA